GUUUGUUUGUUGACUUUGUGGAACGCAUUCAGCGAACAACUGAAACAACGACCCUUCGUCGUUACAACGGGAUCCUCCAGUCACUUUUGCAUUUGCGACGGCGCACAAUAAUGACCGAGGGCCCUGUGUCGCAAUACGUGGGGGCGACGACCCCCAAGCAAAGCGAACACCUUUAUGCAUUUUCAGCCAACAACGACCCCCCUUUGCAUGGAAGCGGACUCAGCCCCCGCCGUGGCCACCACGCAUCAGCAUCCCCAAUAUCUCGUGUUUUUGGAAUCCUGGGCCACGGAAUUGUGGGCCUCUUGUUGGUGCUGGCUGUGCUCACGCCCGCGGGGUACAACUUCCCCUUGUACGCCCCCACCUUUUCGACCCCCAUGUCCACGUGGUGGGGCGUGAACCCCAAAGUCAAGGGAUCUGGCCAUUCUGAAAUGGUCGUUCCAACCUACUUUUUCUUGGGCACCGUGUUGCCCGUGUUGGUGGCUGGAGUUCUCUUUGCCUUGGUCCAAGUCAAAGCCCCCGUGGGGUCUCCGUCCCCAUUGUCCCCAUUCCUGCACCGCAAGCCCAAACUGUUCAAAUCCAUGCUCAGCUACGGCGAGAUCCUAUUCAUCGCCGUCAUCGUCACGGUCAACGUCCUUGUGUUCAACUACCAGUUUGUCAAGCGAUACAAACCCACAAACACGACCGCAGAUACGUUCAAGAACGUUGGAACUGCGCUUGGGUUCACUGGCCUUUUCGAUAUGGUACUCGUGGCCUUGCCAGCAACCCGCCACGCGUUUUGGAUGGAAUGGCUCGACAUUCCGUACGCGCACGGAGUCAAGUACCACAAGUGGAUUGGAGUGUUGACCAUUGUCGCAUUCGUGGCCCACACGGUUUGCUUCGUCGUGUACUACGCCAUCGUGGGCAAGUUGUACAAGUUGCUGCCAUGUGUAAACUGCGACAUGGCUACAGACGGCAUGGCGAAUUGGGAGUACUUUUUCGGGAUUCUGUCCAUGGCAUGCUUUGUUGUGAUGGGCGCCACGUCGUUGCCGUACGUGCGUCGCCACCACUACACGGUAUUUUACGCAACGCACUUUCUAUUCAUCCCAGCCACACUAUUUGCCGUGUUUCAUUGGGGCAACAUCAUCUACUUUCUCUUCACGUCCAUCGUGUUGUACGUGGGGAACCGCAUGCUAUCGCAAGCUUCGAUCGUCACCCCCGUCUCGUUGACGCGCGCGGUGCAAUUAUCGUCGGACGUGGUCGAACUUUCGUUUGAAUGUGCGACAGGGUACAGCCCGGGCGACGCCGUGUGGAUCAAAGUGCCUGCCUUGUCCAAGACGCAAUGGCACCCGUUCAGCGUCGCGUCCACGCCUUUAGAAACCCCCGACUUGCUCACCAUCUAUGUCAAGAAUCUCGGCUCGUGGACCGCCGGUCUCCACGAGUACAUUGGCCAAUGCCAAGAGAAGAAUGUCCAGCCCGUCAUCUACAUGGACGGCGGCUACACAUCGGCGGCGCCUAUUCCAGCCACACACUCGGACGUUGUGUUUAUUGGGGGGGGCAUCGGGAUUACUCCGUUGAUGGGCCAGCUCCUGCACAUCCUUCGCAGCCACCCCACACAAAACGCAUGGCUUAUCUGGAACGUCCGUCGCAAGGACAUGUUGGUUGCGUUCCAAUCGUGGUUGCACCAUAUUGAAGUCCUUGGGGGAAGCCGGUUGAAGAUUCGAUUGCAUGUGACUCAAGACGACACGACGAGCUUCGACUUGGACACCCACGACGACAAGCCACGUCAUGCACGCUACGUCGACGGGCACGUUGCUGUCGAGUCACGUCCGUACUCACACGUGAGCACGUUCAAACGAGUGUGGAUGUUGCUGCUCGCGUUUGGAUUCAGUGGAGGACUAUUGGUUGCGGUCACAUUCGGCAACAAGAUCCAGUCCAACCCACCACGGCUGUGGUUACUCCAACGAUUUGUUCAGUUCUGCGUGGUUGUGUUGGGGUGCUUUUUGGCGUACUGGGUCAUCAAGUAUGCCAACGGGCGAUCUUCGCAGCACCAGUUGACGGGUGUCGUGUCGUCGUCAUCUGGUGGUCGUGACGGCAAAGUGCACUUGAAUGCAGACGAAAUGACUGCCCACUUCAAUGUACAAACUGGCCGGGCGAACCUAGCCGACUUGUUUCACGAAAUCGAAGCGUCGAGGGUGUCGACAGUUGGAGUUUAUGUAUCGGGCCCAAUGAGUUUGAUUCACGCGGUCGAUUUCCACGGCCAAGGCAUCUCCAAGUUUCACAUUCGACACGAAGUGUUCGAGUUGUAAGCAGUGUUGCCGUUACGACGCGGUCGGCACUUGUAUUUUCAUUAACUAGUAAUUCAUAAG